AUGGAGGUCCGCGUCGGGCUGGCAGGCUGCCAGCAGCCGCACGCUGCCGGUGGCAACGCGGAGGCGGGCGUGUGGAUAUCACACGCUCACGAGAGGGAGCUGAAGGAGAUGAGGGAGGGGGGCGAGGUGUCGCCCCAGCAGGACGGACCCCCGCUGCCGUCUGCACCAGUGAGCCGGGGAGCCGCCGAGCCCCCCGUGGCGGGGCGCCUCGUGGGACCCCCCCUGCGGGAGUCCCAACAGGGCCAGCUCGGCCAGAACGGCGGCCAGGAGAGCGCACAGCCACAUGCCGUCCCGUCCUUCUCCUCCUCCAGCGCCGCCCCCCAAACCCCGUCUUCACCUGGCCCCGUUCAGCAGGCCUUCGCCCCCAGAAACCAGAGGGAGGGGGGCGAGGUGUCGCCCCAGCAGGACGGACCCCCGCUGCCGUCUGCACCAGUGAUUCGGGGAGCUGCGGAGCCCCCCGUGGCGGGGCGCCCCGUGGGACCCCCCCAGCGGGAGCCCCAGCAGGACCAGCUCUGCCAGAACGGCGGCCAGGAGAGCGCACAGCCACAUGCCGUCCCGUCCUUCUCCUCCUCCAGCGCCGCCCCCAAACCCCCGCCUUCACCUGGCCCCGUUCAGCAGGCCUUUCCCCCAGAAACCACGCGCUUCCCAAAAUCCGCUUUCUCCGAGCCGCUCCCCCAAACUACCUCACACAAAGUUCGAGGCCUGGCCCUCAGAGCUCCCACACCUCCAGUAGCCACGGCGAGAGCCGAGCCAGGGGGAAUUCCUCGGUCCCGCAUCGCGGACACCGAUCCUUCUCAGGGGGCCCCCGAGGAUUGA